GAAUUUAUAGAUCAGUGCUCGGAGACAUUCUGCGACGUAGGUACACUCACAGGAGGUCUUCAACGAACUGUAUUAACAGUUCUGACAUGUAAUGCUAACGCACAAUGGAUUGACGGACAGUCUACUUCUUACACAGUUGCUCAGUGCGAAAUUCCAUGCAACCUUUGCUCUACUCUAACGCGCACAGGAAUGACAUGCCCCACUGGUUUUACAUGUACCACGGUGUCGACACGAAAUACUGGACAAUGUCCUGAAAGUUUCUGCGAAGUUGGAGAUAUGACAGCUGGAACUGGACGUACAGCUGUUACAUCACUGUCAUGUAAUGGUAACCAGCAGUGGGUAGAUUCUCAAUCGAAUGCAUAUACAGUCGCUCAGUGCGAAAUACCCUGCACAAAUUGUGAUACUCUAACAAAUACCGGAAUGACGUGCCCGAUGGGAUUCUUGUGCGAAGCGCCUGUCAGAAGUGAAGGUCAAUGCUCCGAGACUCGUUGCAAUGAAGGUACACUUACUGGCAACCUUGCAAGGGUACCACUAACAGUUUUGACAUGUGAUGUUAACGCGCAGUGGAUAGAUGGGCAGUCUACCACUUACACAGUUGCUCAAUGCGAAAUUUCAUGCGUUGGUUGUACUCCUCUUACCAACCAAGGAAUGACUUGUCCCAUUGGCUUUAGAUGCACGCAGGUGUUGACGAGGAAUACUGGACAAUGCCCUGAAAGCUACUGCGACACUGGAGCAAUGACAGCUGGAGCCGGGCGAACAAGUGUCACAUCAUUGUCAUGUAAUGGUGACCAGCAAUGGGUAGAUUCGCAGUCGACUGCGUACUCCGUCGCUCAAUGCGAAACAUGGAAAAAAGAGAAUAUAGCUGGGUUCUUAAAAUAA